AGGUCUGGCCUCUCCCCGCAGACAGUGAUGGCCUUGCCGCGGUGAGCUGUCCUCGGUACCUGCCCACUGCCAGCUACCAGGAUGCGUCUGUGGAGGGCGGUGGUGGCGACCCUGGCCUUCAUGAGCAUGGACGUUGGUGUGACCACGGCCAUCUAUGCCUUCAGCCACCUUGACCGCAGCCUGCUGGAGGACAUCCGCCACUUCAACAUCUUCGACUCGGUGCUGGACCUGUGGGCCGCCUGCCUGUACCGCAGCUGCCUGCUACUGGGGGCCACCAUCGGUGUGGCCAAGAACAGCGCCCUGGGGCCCCGUCGGCUGCGGGCCUCCUGGGUCGUCAUCACCCUCGUGUGCCUCUUCGUGGGCAUCUACGCCAUGGUCAAGCUGCUGCUCUUCUCUGAGGUCCGCAGGCCCAUCCGGGACCCGUGGUUCUGGGCCCUCUUCGUGUGGACCUACGUGUCUCUUGCUGCCUCCUUCCUGCUCUGGUGGCUGCUGUCCACCGUGAAGCCCGACGCCGAAACCCUGGAGCCAGGUGCGGGUGCCGAGGCUGACGGUUUCCACGGGGAAGGCCGGCCGCCAGCUGAGCAGGCAUCUGGCGCCACGCUGCAGAAGCUGCUCUCCUACACCAAGCCCGAUGUGGCCUUCCUCGUGGCCGCCUCCUUCUUCCUCAUCAUGGCAGCUCUGGGCGAGACCUUCCUGCCCUACUACACGGGCAGAGCCAUCGACAGCAUCGUCAUCCAGAAGAGCAUGGACCAGUUUAGCACGGCAGUGGUCGUGGUGUGUCUGCUGGCCAUCGGCAGCUCAUUUGCCGCAGGUAUUCGGGGCGGCAUUUUUACCCUCAUAUUUGCCAGACUGAACAUUCGCCUCCGGAACUGUCUCUUCCGCUCGCUGGUGUCUCAGGAGACGAGCUUCUUUGACGAGAACCGCACAGGGGACCUCAUCUCCCGCCUCACCUCGGACACCACCAUGGUCAGCGACCUGGUCUCCCAGAACAUCAACAUCUUCCUGAGGAACACGGUGAAGGUCACGGGCGUGGUGGUCUUCAUGUUCAGCCUCUCCUGGCAGCUGUCCUUGGUCACAUUCAUGGGCUUCCCCAUCAUCAUGAUGGUGUCCAACAUCUACGGCAAGUACUACAAGAGACUCUCCAAAGAGGUCCAGAGUGCCCUCGCCAGAGCCAGCAACACGGCCGAGGAAACCAUCAGCGCCAUGAAGACGGUCCGGAGCUUCGCCAAUGAGGAGGAGGAGGCGGAGGUGUACCUGCGGAAGCUGCAGCAGGUUUACAAGCUGAACAGGAAGGAGGCGGCCGCCUACAUGUCCUAUGUCUGGGGCAGUGGGCUCACACUGCUGGUGGUCCAGGUCAGCAUCCUCUACUACGGGGGCCACCUGGUCAUCUCUGGCCAGAUGACCAGCGGCAACCUCAUCGCCUUCAUCAUCUAUGAGUUUGUGCUGGGGGACUGCAUGGAGUCGGUGGGCUCCGUGUACAGCGGCCUGAUGCAGGGCGUGGGCGCUGCUGAGAAGGUGUUUGAGUUCAUCGACCGGCAGCCGACCAUGGUACACGAUGGGAUCCUGGCCCCUGACCACCUGGAGGGCCGGGUGGACUUUGAGAACGUGACCUUCACCUACCGCACUCGGCCCCACACGCAGGUCCUGCAGAAUGUCUCCUUCAGCCUGUCCCCGGGCAAGGUGACCGCCCUGGUGGGGCCCUCGGGCAGCGGGAAGAGCUCCUGCGUCAACAUCCUGGAGAACUUCUACCCGCUGCAGGGCGGCCAGGUGCUGCUGGACGGCAGGCCCAUCGGCGCCUACGACCACAAGUACCUGCACCGCGUGAUCUCUCUAGUAAGCCAGGAGCCCGUGCUGUUUGCCCGCUCCAUCACUGACAACAUCUCCUACGGGCUGCCUGCUGUGCCCUUUGAGAUGGUGGUGGAGGCUGCCCAGAAAGCCAAUGCCCAUGGCUUCAUCAUGGAGCUCCAGGAUGGCUACAGCACAGAGACCGGGGAGAAAGGCGCCCAGCUGUCCGGCGGCCAGAAGCAGCGCGUGGCCAUGGCUCGGGCCCUGGUGCGGAACCCCCCUGUCCUCAUCCUGGACGAAGCCACCAGCGCUCUGGACGCAGAGAGCGAGUACCUGAUCCAGCAGGCCAUCCACGGCAACCUGCAGAAGCACACAGUGCUCAUCAUCGCGCACCGGCUGAGCACCGUGGAGCGGGCGCACCUCAUCGUGGUGCUGGACAAGGGCCGCGUGGUCCAGCAGGGCACGCACCAGCAGCUGCUGGCCCAGGGCGGCCUCUAUGCCAAGCUGGUACAGCGGCAGAUGCUGGGGCUUGAGCCCCCUUCGGACUACACGGCUGGCCACAAGGAGCCGCCCAGCAGUGACAGUCACAAGGCCUGACGGGCAGCCUGGCCUCUCCCAGGGGGACAGGGGCCUGCCCCUGCCGGGCACGUGUGCCCGUGCAGCCGGCCCGCCGAGUGCGGGCUGCAGCACUGGAGGGCGGCCUCCACGUCCCACGUUUCACGCUUCCUGCAUCUUGCCUCCAGCCCCAUGCUGCCAUGAGCCCCUCUGCUGAUCCCCCCACCCGGCCACCCAGACCCCGGCAAAGGUAGAGCCACCUUUUUAAAUCAACAUCCUGCCAGGUCUUUUUUACCACUUGGUUCAAAGCACUCCACUCACUCCUAGAUUUCAACACGAUGUUUUUCUAAUUGGGACGAAGGUGGGCAAGUUCUCUUAAGACGUUCUAGACACUUCUGAGCCAGGAGUGAGCAGCUGCCCUUCCUAACAACCCUGGGGGAUGUCAUGAAGAACUGGGCUCUUUCCUUUGCCCUUCUAGAGCAGAGGGCACAGGCUGGGUUUGCUUUCUCCUCCCCCAGCUCCGUGAGUCAGGCCGAGGGUGGGUGGGAAAGGGUCUGUCUACCCAUCAACCGCCUGCCAAUCAAAGCCAGUCUCACUGUGAACCACUAGGAACCUCAAUGGGGGAGUGAGGGGCUGGCCAGGCCUGCCCGGGCCUCGGGUGCCCCAGCCCUGCACCCAGCGCUUUAGCCCCUUGGCCUUGCCUUGUUCCCCACCCCAUCUGGCAGCCUUCCCUCCUGUCCACCCCACCCCCUUGGUUUUGUGUGAGAUGCACUCUGUUUAUGGACGGGACCUUGGCCAAGGCCAGGUCCAGCUUUGUCUGGGAUUGCUAGAUGAACCCAGGAGAACCCGUCAAUAAAGUGUACUACCUCUCA